AUGGCUGAAGGGCUGGCAGAAAAGAAGCACCUGCCAGGUACGCGGAUUUUAAGCGUUUACGGAAAAUGGGCAAAGGGCGGAUGGGGAGCUCUUCUCACAGGAAACAUACAGGUUGAUGUUCGUCACCUAGGAGGCCACGGUGAUCUGGCCACAUGUGAGGAUCAAGAAUAUGAGCAGGACUCACUGAAUGCUUGGAGAAGAUACGCGAAUAACUGUCAACAAAAUGGUACUCCAGCGAUUGCUCAAAUUUGCCACCCUGGUCGUCAAUCUCCUCGAGGCGCAGGUGAGCGUGGUUUUUUUGAGAAAACUAUUGCGCCCAGUGAGAUUGCUCUUGAUAUUGGUAAUGGGUUAUCUGCGACUAUCGUACGGAAUCUCGUUUUCGGUGUGCCACAAGCCAUGACUCAUUUCGAUAUCGAUCGCAUUAUCGCCCAGUUCGUGACUUGUGCCCGUAUUCUGGCCCAGUGUGGCUUUUCGGGUAUUGAGAUACAUGCGGCACACGGUUAUCUUUUAUCCCAAUUUCUCUCUAAACGAAGCAAUAGUCGUGAAGAUCAAUACGGCGGUAGCGCCGAACGUCGAGCCCGCAUUAUUCUCGAAAUCAUCCACCAAAUUCGAAAGGCUGUGCCUAAGACCUUCUGCAUUGGAAUCAAAUUAAACUCUGCAGAUCACACCAGAUCUGAUUUUGAAGACACUAUGGCUCAAAUUCGUCUCAUUUCUGAGGCUAACGUGGAUUUUCUCGAAAUAUCUGGCGGAACUUACGAAAACCCAACAAUGAUGGGCCGGGGGUUAAACGACGAAACUAGUGAUGCCAACAGCUCAACUACACUAUCUCGAGAAGCCUUCUUUUUAGAUUUUGCGACAGAAACAAGGAAUCGGUUCCCAGAAUUGAUACUCAUGGUCACUGGAGGAUUUCGAACACGCAAAGGAAUUGAGGCUGCGUUGAAGGCUGGCGUGUGCGAUCUCGUCGGCAUUGGCAGGCCUGCAGUUCUCAACGCAGAUUUCCCACGACUCAUGAUGGAUGAUGAUGUCUAUUCUGAUAAACAAGCCCAGGCAUCGUUUUCGAAAGUUCCCCUCCCACUUGUAGCGAGGCUUCUGAAAAUCAGAAUGUUAGGUGGAGGGGCAGAAACACAAUACUUUCGAGCUCAAAUACACCGCAUAGCUACUGGAAAUGCUCCACGACCGCCAUGAUCUCAG